AUGGUACAACAAACUUUGGUACACACUCAUGCUUUUGCACACUUUAGGCUUACUUCUAUAUCCAAUUAGGUAGGCUAGGCCUGCACACUGUAGACUUACAUACACCCUAGUUCCAAGUUUAAUAGUUUAUGCUAUUGUAAUUUUCAUUGAAAUAAAUGUUUGUUCAAAUUUUAAGGAUGUGGUCUUAUAAAUUAAAUUAACUACGAUGAAUUGAACUAGGCUUAGAGUUUAGAUGAAUGAAUAGUAAAAUAAAAUAGUGUAGCCUAUAAUUUAAAGAAUAUGCCAACCGACUGACUAAUAUAAUAAGGAUGGAAGAAAAUAUACACAGUGAAGGAUCACCUAGUAGUAAAUCUUGUAGCACACAGCUUGCUCCCGGUGUUCUAUCGCGACUACAAAACGACAAAGCCUACAGAUGGAGGGUUACACAAUCUUUCCUGUUCUCCUUAUCCAGUUUCACGUUGGGCAUCAUAAUUGGUCAGCAAGGGCCAUCAUUUUUAGACCUGCAGAUUAUCACAGGGACUGAUGUUGAGACUGCCUCUUCAUUUUUUACUGCUGCAUCAUUUGGUUACAUGGUUGGAUCUUUCAUCAGUGGCUUUGUACAUGGCAAGGUUAGAAACAAUGUCGUCAUGGUCAUUGUCAAUGCAGGAGCUGGAAUCAUGGCUAUCAUUACCCCUCAUUGUUCACCUUUUGUUCUCAUGCUAAUGAGCAGAUUUUCUACUAACAUGUUCUGUGGAGGUAUAGAUACCUUUGUGAAUGCUGAGCAUAUACGUAUUUGGGGAAGUGAUGGUCAACCACUUCUACAAUUUAUACAUUUUACCUUUGCUUUAGGAGGGGUUCUCACACCAUUGUUUACAGAGCCCUUCCUAGCAGAGAAAGAAACAGGGAACAGUACCAGUAGAACAGAUGGUGAACCUACAAUUUUUAUGAACUCAACAAGUCAGUGGAAGCAAGAAAAUACAUCCAACAUGACAUGGUUAGCUACCAAUGGUACCAUGUUGGUAAAAGCAAGAACUACAAAUGUUUAUUAUGCAUUUCUUAUAGCUGGCAUUAUUGCUAUACUAACUUCUUUUCCUUUUAUAUAUCUAAGUAUUGUAGAAAAACAAACAGAGCAUAAAUCUGAAGAGAAAUACACACAAAAAGUUCACAGUAGAAAACUACCUCGACAUUUAAAUAUAUUUGUUAUCUUAGUAUUAUGUUUCUUCUAUUUAGUCUAUUGCUGUGUCGAGGAUACAUUUGCAUCAUUCCUCAUGACUUUUGUUGUUACUGAGUAUGAUGAAGUUUCUAAGUCAAAAGGUGCUUACAUAACUACUUUCUAUUGGGCUUCAUUUGCAGUUGGCAGAUUUCUUAGCAUUUUUGUGUCUAAAUAUGUUAUAGCUGUGAAAUUAAUUAGUUUAUAUACAAUUUUAAUGGUCAUAGCUUAUUCAGGGUUCACAAUAAGUGCUUUAUUUUCUCAAAUUGAUGCAAUCACAGUUUUUGCUGGCAUGGCUGGUAUUUCCAUGUCUGCUGUUUUCCCUGCUGGUUUUAGUUGGACAGAAUCAGAACUGCUUAAAGUCACUGGUUGGGUUUCUUCUUUCAUCCUUAUUGCUAGUUCAAUCGGCAUGAUGAUCAACCCACUUAUCAUUGGUUAUCUUAUGGAAGAAGUUUCCAACAUGUGGUUCUGUUAUGUUUUGUUAAGCCAAACUUUGUUGCUGUGUUGUAUUUUUCUAUUUCUCCUGUUAUUUAACAGAUGUUAUCUCAACAAAGUUUAUGGAAAAGUUGGAGAUAGUAAAAAUGUAGAGAAAGUCGUGGAGACACCACUUGAAGAAACAGAAAAAUUUCUAGAGAAUGACUUAAAAACAUCAGAAAUUCUUCAAAAUAUUGAUUCAAGUUCAUGAAAAUAAAUUAUGUUGUUACUUUGUUGUAAAAUAAUAGUUUAAAUUUCAUUCUAAUAUUUUGUUAUCUGAAUGAAGUGUAUGCACAAGGCAGAAUAAUGUGAUAUUUUAUAUUGAAUUGGAAACCACAAUUUUGGAUAGUGUAUUUAAAAAAAAUAGACUUAUGUUUUAAUAAGUUACCACAAAGACAUUGUUAAAUUGAUUACUUAUUUGAUGAAUAAUAUGGAUGCUAGAGUUUAGUGAUAUCUGUAUUUUUUAAUAUUAUGAUGAGCAUCUACAUACAUUAUGCUGGGUAGACACAAUUUUGUGAUACUGAAUUAAAAAAACAAUUGACUUCGGUUUUAAUAAGUUACCUCAAAAUCUUGUUUGUUAAAUUGAUUACUUAUGUGAUGAUAAAAAAUGAUAAUGUUAGUGUAUUGUGCUUUCCUAAGUACGUUUUUAUUUUAUUUGUA